GUUUAUUUCCGGCUAAACAGAGUCAGCUGUUUUCUCCAGCAGGUUACCACAUCCACGGCUUUUGUAACUCAGCCAUUCAAAAAUGUUUAGUAACUUUUCGACCAUUUUUGUGAACCUGUAGUCUGUUUUUUCCUGGAGGUGGUUCAGAGACGUCUUUUAAGAAACGGAAACUGUGUUCAAACCGCAGGCCGCUUCCAGCAGCUCGUUCCCCGGCACUAACCUCAGAAUGUCCCCGGUACCCAAAGUGAGGCUGGCCGGUGGCCUGGAGAUCUGCCGACUGCUGAACGGGAUGUGGCAGGUGUCCGGGUCGCACGGAGCGGUAGAUCAUGCCAAAGCAGUUGAGGCCAUGCAGGCCUAUGUAGACGCUGGUCUGACCACAUUUGACAUGGCAGACAUUUAUGGGCCUGCAGAGGAGAUAUUUGGACAGUUCAACAGCCAGAAGUGCAAAUCGUCUGGGAAAGACAUCCCAGCUCUGCAGAGUCUGACCAAAUACGUGCCAAGACCAGGACCAAUGGACCGCAAGGUGGUGGUGAAGGCGCUGCAGCGCUCAAUGACCCGUAUGCAGGUGGACAGACUGGACUGUGUUCAGUUCCACUGGUGGGACUAUAGAGACAAAAGAUACCUGGAUGCACUAGGACACCUGUCCGACCUGCAGCAGGAGGGACUUAUACGAGAGCUCGCCCUCACUAACUUUGACACACAGAGGCUGGAGGAGAUCACCAACAGAGGCAUCCGCAUCUCAAGCAACCAGGUUCAGUACUCUUUGAUUGACCAGCGACCUGUAGCCAAGAUGGAGCAGUUCUGUCUGGCUAACAACAUUCAGCUCCUCACUUAUGGCACUCUGGCUGGCGGUCUACUCUCAGAGCGUUAUCUGGGGAAGGCAGAGCCUAAUUCCAGGGCGGAGCUCUACACCGCCUCCCUCUCGAAGUACAAGAACAUGAUCGACUCUUGGGGUGGCUGGAGCCUUUUCCAGGACCUUCUUGUUGCCUUGGAGACGGCUGCCAGGAGACACGACUGCUCAGUGGCCAGCGUGGCAACACGUUAUGUGCUGGAUCGCCCCGCGGUGGGUGGGGUCAUUGUGGGCUGUCGGCUAGGCGUCGCAGGGGCGGGGCACCACAUUAGUGACAGUCUGCGUAGCUGCAGCCCUGACCUGAAACUGACGGGGGAAGAUCUCGCCGCCAUCGAAGCAGUGACACAACGCUCCAGGGACCUCACGGAGCUCAUCGGGGACUGCGGCGAUGAGUACAGGAGCUAAAGGGGAAGGGUGAGGCUGACUGACUGGGUGUGACAGAUGGGGGGAGGAGGAGGAGGGGUAAAGCGAGAGAGAGAAGCAUCUCACACAGAACAGCCGCAUAGUUGAAAAGAAUAAAAUGCGACAAUGAAAAUCAGUUCAAUUCUCCAUUAAACAUUAUAAAGAGCGUUCAGUAACUAAGGGGAAUCGCAAGUUUCCACUUGCCUGUUCCUUUUACUUUAAUACAACCUCUGAAGAGGAUGUGCCUCAGACGAAGUGUAGUUAUUUUACCUACUGAAAAUUUGAUGCUGUUGAACACUUUUUCUUCCACAGCGCGUGUUGACACUGCUUAAGUGCUUUUUAAUGUGGUAGACAAGCUUCUCAUUCAGGCUUGAAUACAGAUGCACUAACACAGUAAUCAAUGUAUACGUUUUUUAAUUUAGGUGUGUAGUAAGUCUUUUAGUUACAGAAUUAAGAGAAAGUUCAGUGUCCAAGCUAUACAUUUGAGCUUUUACACUGUUUAACAAUGUUACAUUCUAUAUUGUGUACAUAAUAAAAAAUGGCAUCUGA